UCGCGCACUCCCUCCCUCUCAUACUCAUGCGUGCUCUAGGACAUGCGCUACUCUUCUUUGCGGCGUGCCCUCUCGGUGUGCAUGCCUUCUUCGAGCCUCCGAUUGUAUCCUUCGACGCGGGCGAUGGGAGCCUCGAUAUUACGCGCCCGCUGAUCGUGGUCGACGCCGACGACCACAUCGGCGUGCACAUCGCCGCGAACGCAGUCGCGGACGACUUCGAGCGCGUCACGGGCACGCGGGGGCAGACCGCGAAUGCCACCGCGGACGACAUCCCCACUCCGGGCAACGGCACCGCGCUAAUCCUCGUCGGCUCGCUCGAUAGUUCGGCGGUCAUCCAGAGCCUGAUCAGCGCGGAGAAGCUGAAUGUGUCGGAGAUUGAGGGCAAGUGGGAGUCGUUCGUGGUCUCGGUUGUAGACGCGCCGUUUGAGGGGACCGACCGCGCGCUGGUCAUAGCCGGCAGCGACAAGCGGGGCGCAAUAUUUGGGCUGUAUACGUUGAGCGAGCAGAUUGGAGUGUCUCCGUGGUACUGGUGGGCGGACAUCGUCCCCAAGAAACACGAUGCGAUCUACGCUUUACCCACGACGACCGCCUUUGGCGAACCCAGCGUCCGUUACAGGGGCCUCUUCAUCAAUGACGAAUCCCCCGCGCUCAACACCUGGGUCAUCGACAACUUCGGGCCCAAGUACAACGCCGCGUUCUACGCGCACGUCUUCGAGCUGCUCCUGCGCAUGAAGGCCAACUUCCUGUGGCCCGCCAUGUGGCCCUCGUACCCCUCGCCCGGGAACAGCUUCUUCGUGGACGACCCGCUGAAUCAGCAGACCGCGGACGCGUACGGCAUCGUCGUGUCGACGUCGCACCACGAGCCGAUGCAGCGCGCGACGAACGAGUGGCUCACGUCGGGGAAUGGGACCUGGGACUGGGAGAAGAACCAGGAGAACGUGACGACGUUCUUCGAGGCGGGCGCGGCGCGGGCGAAAGGGUAUGAGAGCUAUUUGACGCUGGGGAUGCGCGGCGAUCAGGAUGCGCCGUUGUCGGGGGACGACCCGAUGGCGAUCUUGAAGGAGGUGAUUGAUACGCAGCGGAGUAUCAUUAAGGAUACGUAUGGGAAUGAGACGGCGGUCAAGCAAGUGUGGGCACUAUACAAAGAAGUGCAGGAACUCUAUGAGGCGGGGCUCGAAAUCCCCGACGAUGUCACGCUCCUAUUCAGCGACGACAACUUUGGCAAUAUCCGAAGGCUACCAAGGGAAGACGAAUUGCAGAGGUCGGGCGGUACAGGGAUUUACUACCACUGCGAAUACGUCGGCGAUCCGCGCUCCUACAAGUGGCUCAACACCAACUCGCUUGGGAAGGCGCACCAGCAGCUCACCAACGCCCACGCGCGCGGCGCCAACCGCAUCUGGGUCAUCAACGUCGCGGACAUCAAGCCCAUGGAGACACCGCUCAGCCUUAUCAUGGCGCUCGCCUACAACGUCUCGUCCAUCACGCCCGACAGCAUUACCCAGUGGCUCACCGCGUAUGCUGCGCGCGAGCUCCCGGAGGAGCACGCCGAUGAGGCCGCGGAUAUCCUCCUAGCGUACUCGCGGCUGAUGGGGCUGAGGAAGCACGAGCACAUCGAGAGCGAUACGUUCUCUGUCAUCCACUACGACGAGGCGGAUCGGGUGCUCGGGGCGUGGGAGGCGCUGCGCAAGCGUGCCGAGGCAUUGAACGAGCAGCUGGAUGAGGCGUACCAGCCGUCGUUCUUCCAGCUUGUUCUGCACCCGAUCAAGGCGUCGCUGAUCUACAACAACGUCCGCGUUGCGCAGGGGAAGAACGCGUGGUUCGCUGGACAGCGGCGCAACUCGGCGAAUGAUUGGGCGGGGAAGACGUUGGAUUACUUCGGCCAGGAUUAUGACUUGCAGCUGGAGUGGAACGCGAUGCUGGACGGGCGGUGGGACCAGAUGAUGCGGCAGACGCACUAUGGGUAUCGGCAAGGGCUGUGGCGGGCACCGAUACGGGAUAUGAUUACGGGCCUCUCCUACGUUCAGCUCCGACAAGACUCGUACCCUGCAGUUGGACAGCUUGGCGUGGCAGUCGAGGGCGGUGUCGAGCCAUACCCAGGUGUCUUCAACGAAGGCGACAAUCUGGCGAAGCCGUCCCGCAAGGACCUCGUCAACGGCGUCACCUUCACGAACGUCUCGCAGUACGGCUCGCCCACGCGGUGGUUCGAGGUCUACGGUCGAGGCGGUCAGGACGUGCACUGGACAGCUUCGGCGGAGCAGCCAUGGGUAUCACUAUCCGCUUUCGAGGGCGACGUGUCGGCCGCGAACGGUUGGGACGAGCGAGUGUUAGUGCAUGUGGACGUUGAUGCGGUUCCCGACGGCUACAACGAUACGUCCCUCAUCUACGUCAACGGCAGCGACGGCUCGUACGAGGAGCUGCAUCUCCCCGUCAGCAAGGUCUCCUUGCCAGGCGACUUCAGCGGCUUCGUGGAGGCCGACGGCUACGUUUCCAUCGAGGCCGCGCACUACACCUCGUCGUCGGACGCGGCUAGCUGCAUCGAGUACCCCUUCCUCUCCCGAAGCAUCAACGGCAGCGGCGCAAUAGGGCUCGGUCCAUCUGUCGGGCGGAACCUCAGCCUUCCGGGCGACGCACCCUCCCUGCAAUACUCCUUCUACCAAUUCAGCGGUACGCAGAACCUUACGGUCACGCUCUACUUCACCAUGGCGCUCGACACGGACCCGGAGGCGCCGUUCCAGUACGCACUGUCGUUCGACGGCUCGACGCCGAAUGCAACGCGGCUCAUCCCCGAGCCCGCGAGUGCCGGCGACCUCCCGGACGGGUGGACGGACGCGGUGAUGGACCAGGUGUGGACGCGGAACGCGACAUUUAACUCUUCGUCGGGCGCGCAUACGCUGGAGUAUUGGGCCAAUGGGCCGGCGGUGUUGCUUGAGAAGAUUGUGGUGGAUACCGGUGGGCUGUUGGAGAGCUAUCUUGGUCCUCCGGAGAGCAAGCGCGUGUAAGCAGAGGCGCAAGCUUCAAACUAAAUGUUACACUUAUAUCAUGUACUUGUAGAAGGAAUGCGAUUCUCCGCGAUGACACAUU